AUGAGCCCACCUAGCCUAUCAGCGGCGGGCGACCUCGACGUCCACGGUGACAUGGCAUCAACGCCUCCACCACCGUCAUCAACGUCGUACCAUACCAACGACGUCGCCUCCACUACCUCCGUCACGCUCACUAAAGAGCAAUUCGACGAGCUGAUCAGGAACCAGCGCCCCGCACGGGACGACGACGCAUUAUCCAUGCGUCAGCGCCUACCCCCAGCCAACCCUCCGGUCUUCCCCGACGACUCGAAACUUACGGAGGACAAUUACGUUGACUGGGUCCCCACGAUGCGAUGCCGCCAUGCCCGCCCUCUUGGGCUGGAUUCAACGCUCGGACGAAUCGAGCGACGGUCCCCGUUGCGAAGGCGGUCGUACCGACCAAACGCUCUGCACCAGGCAAGAAGGGAAAAUGGGAUCGUUCUGGUCCUGCCCCGAGCAACUGCCCAACUUGUGGUCAAGGCAAACACUGGCUCGACAAGUGUCCGGAAUCGCGCAAGCGAGCCAAGUACCUCGAGCUCAAGAACGCCAUGAAGGAACUCCAAGGCUCAUCAUCGCCUGCGUCCACGUUCGUGGCCACCGAGGCAGCAUCCAAGGAUCAACACCUGUCCGUCGUUUCUUCUGCUACGUUUGUCAACAUCGGGCCACCGGCGUAAAUCCUUCUGCUAGACUCGGCGUCGGCGUGCCACGUCGUCAACGAUGCGUCCUUCUUUGACGGCCCCCUUUCACCUACCCCGCAAGUCCUGCAAGGUCUAGGGGGAACGGUGAAGGCCUCGGGAAUCGGCUCGGUCAAGCUCGUCUCCGAUAAUGGUACCAGGUUCACCCUCAACGACGUGAUCUACGCCCCCGAGAGCCCUGCCAACCUCAUCUCAGUCCGGGCCUUCGACCGCAAAGGCGUUCGCAUCACCUUCGAACACGGACAAGUCGAGCUCCGCACGCCGCAAGGGUGCAUCGCCACAGCAUCAGCCAUCGCGUCCUGCGUUUACAAACUCAACGCUUCGGUCCAAGCUGCCAGCAAAGAUGCGCGACACACCCUCGUUGCCACCAAGUCCAAUAGGCUACCUUUACUUACCCUUCACCGGCGCUACGGCCACGCCUCUGUCCAGACACUUAAAAAACUGGCGGCCUCUGGCCAGGUGGAGGGUUUAGAUUGGCCCUAUAGUGACUUCGAGUGUGAUGGCUUCACCUGCAACGCGUGCCUUGCCUCCAAAGCGCAUCGUUUGCCUUUCCCCUCUUCGUCGUCGCAUGCCGCGGAACCACUCGCAUUGGUGCACUCGGACGUCUUAUCUUUCCCCGAGGAAUCCUUAGGCCAUAAGCGAUACCUCGUCACGUUCAUCGACGACUUCUCGAGGAAGACUUGGGCUUACCCUAUCGGGCACAAGAGCGAGGUCCUUCAGACAUUCAAGGAUUGGCUUCUGGAGAUCGAAAACGCCACGGGUCGCAGGGUCAAAACACUUCGCUCGGACAACGGGGGCGAGUAUGUCUCUACCGCUUUCAACGGCUAUUGCGUGGCCCGCGGAAUUCAUCGCGAAUUGACCAUACCGUACACACCCGAGCAAAACGGUCGGGCUGAGCGAGCCAACCGGUCGAUCGUCGAGGGCACCCUGGCUCUACUGUCUCACUCGGGACUCCCACGAUCGUGCUGGGACGAGGCUGCCAUGUGUUACAUUCACGCCAAGAACCUCUCGCCUCACGCGGCCCUUGGUGGAGCCAUCCCAAACAGUCGUUGGUCGGGCCACACACCAAGCGUAGGGGGUCUUCGGGCAUUCGGUUGUCGCGCUUGGACCACCGUGCCGGCUCACCGACGGGACAAGCUCGACCCAAAAGGGAUUCCUCUGGUCUUCGUCGGGUACGAUCGACACGCGAAAGCCUACCGUCUUCUCGAUCCUUCCUCCAUGCGUGUGAGUCUGGGCCGCAAUGUGACGUUCGUAGAAACCGAGUUCCCCUUCGCUAUCGCGCCCACCCGAGUGACGCAGCCGUCCAUCCCGGGUUACGCCCCCCAGCCCCCACCCGUCGAAGCUCCAACACCCGUCGAGCCUCCCCCACGGCCACCGGCCCCAACGCCUGUCGAGGCACCCGCGUCGCCCGCAUCGACCAGCUCGGCCGACAACGACGACGCCUCAUCGACCACGAGCGCAACGACGGAGUCAGCCGUGAACCUGCCGCAACCACCUCCGGAUCCAGCUCCACUCGCCAAAGUCAAGCCGAGUUGGGAGUACGGCGACGUCGCCAAGGUUGGUCCCGAUCCAGGGAAGUACGGUGAAGUCGACGCUCGAAACAUCAUUGAUGGCCCCCGGACUCGCCGCCAACCCGUUCCCACCAUGAUCACGCGGGAACAGCCAGUCGACGGCACCGACGGACCCACCGCCUCUUUCAAGAGCCUGCUCCUUGCCUUCGCAUCCACCAAGGCCGGCUUCGCAGAUCAUGACUUGUCGGUUGUUCGCGAUCCGGCAAAUUGGGGCGACGUCAUCCGAUCGGGACAAGAGGACGUUUGGGGCGCUCCGGCACAGGAUGAAUUCGAUUCGCUUCUGAACGAUUACGAGGUCUUUCAAAUCGUCGAAUCCUGUGAGCUCCCAGCGGGUGAGAUCCUCCUGCGGUCGGGCUGGGUGUUCCGGACUAAACGCAACCAGCAUGGCGACAUCACCGAUCACAAGGCCCGACUUGUUGCUCACGGAUGUGCCCAACGCCCUGGCCUUGACUUCAAGAAGACCUACGCCCCUGUCGUCAAAUUCACGUCCAUUCGAGCCCUCAUCGCACUCGCCGCGGCCAACGGCUAUCACGUCCAUCAGGCCGACGUCAACAAGGCGUAUUUACACGGCAAACUUGACAAGCCUCUCUACAUGCGCGUCCCUCAGGGCAUAAACCUGCCAGGCAAGAUCCUCAAGCUGUCCAAAUCCAUCUACGGCCUUCGCCAGGCCGGCACCAUCUGGAACGCUGAGAUCGACUCGACUCUGCGGUCCCUCGGAUACGUCCCCACCAGGUCUGACAUCUGUAUCUACCGCCGCGAACACGACGGGCACUCACACUAUAUUGCCUUGUACGUCGACGACUUGCUUUUGGUUGGUCCCUCUACCGCCGAAAUCGAGCGGGUGCUGGACGCGCUGGAACUCGCAUACGGCAUCAAACGUCUCGGACCUGCCGAAUAUAUUCUAGGCAUCCAAGUCAAACGUGGACAAGACGGCUCUAUCACGCUCUCACAAGAGCGCUACCUUCGGGACAUCCUUGCCAGGUUCCAAUUCACCGAUGCCAAGCCGGCAAGUAUUCCAAUGCAGCCAGGUGUCGUCCUUGACUUCGAGGACUUGGCGGCCACUCCUCAGGAUCGUACGCGCUACUUGCAGGCCAUCGGUUCGUUGAUGUACGCCGCAGUUGGAACUCGUCCGGACCUCGCCUUCGUGGUCAGCUACCUCGCUCGCUUCUCCCAGCAGCCUGGCCCGGAGCAUUGGACAGCCAUCAAGCAGGUCCUCCGUUACAUCAAAGGCACGCUGGACUUGGGCCUCACCUAUCGCAAGACCAGCCAACCACUCCGUGGCUACUCGGAUGCGAACUGGGGAGCCUGUCUAACGACCUCACGAUCGACCAUGGGCUAUGCGUUCAUCUUGUCCGGAGCCGCUAUUGCUUGGUGCUCCAAACGCGAGCACAGGGUGGCCAAGUCCACUACCGACGCAGAGUACCUCUCUCUUUCGUACACAAGCGGUGAUGCCAUCCACCUGAGCGAACUCCUGGCUGAACUUGGCGCUCCGGUCUCCGGUCCAGUCGUACUCUACGGGGACAACCAAGGUUCGCUGGCUCUUGCGCAGCACCCGACCAACCAUCAGGGGUCUCGUCAUGUUCGCAUCUCGGAACAUUACGUCCGCGAGAGGGUAGCUGAGAAGGAGAUCGAGGUCCGCUGCAUCGCCACCGGCGACAUGAUUGCCGAUAUUUUCACCAAAGCCUUGGGUCCCAAGCCGUUCAUCUUCCAUCGGGAGAAUUUGGGUUUGCGAGGUGCAGUGGUAUGACAGCACGGGGGGGUGUCAAUAUAUUGCUGUUUCAUCCCACUGGUAUUCCCGAUUAUGAUUAGUUACUAGUUGUUGAUAUUAGUCGCCCCGCGCGUCUCGAGCCUGCCUCGCGCGCGCUCCCUUAGCGCUUAUCUUCUUUCUCCAACUAUCUUUACUAUCUUCAUCGGCUCUCGUACUUACGCACUUCGUGCCUCGGCCUCAGUUCCUGAAAAAGGGAACCUCCAAGCCGUGUUGGUCGGAAAAGGCGCUUGCACAUACAUCCGAAGUUUGCGGUUCGACCCUGUCCGAUGGCAAGAGAUGUAUUGA